AAUUUAUUCAAGCAGCGACGACUCAAGACACGCUGCACGCAUGUUACGGUUAUUCUUCCUGGCCGUCCUCCAGGUCGUCAGUCUUGCCAUCUUUUGCAAGGGCUUUUUUCCCUACAAAAUCUACCUUUCCGGAUUUGCUACAGCCCAAGACACAUCACCAUGGCUCGACAACUCAUCCACGCAUAAUUCGCCAUGGAUGGAGCCCGAGUUCGAUCGUCUCGUAUUCAUCGUCGUCGAUGCCCUACGAAAUGAUUUUGUGCUUGGCAACGAGUCUGGAUUUUCGUUUGUCAAAAGUCUAAUAGACAGCGGAACAGCUAUCCCAUUCACGGCACGAGCCACAGCACCAACUGUCACUAUGCCUCGAAUCAAAGCCCUGACAACAGGCACUGUCCCAAGCUUUUUGGAUGCUAUUCUCAAUAUCGCUGAAUCUGAUACAACAUCAUCGUUGGUUCACCACGAUAACUGGGUUUAUCAAUUCAAGCAUUCCGGGGAUCGACGGAUUCAUCUUUUUGGCGAUGAUACGUGGUUACGCCUGUUCCCUGGAUUAUUUUCAAAGACCGACGGAACCACUUCAUUUUACGUUUCUGAUACAAUUGAGGUGGACACCAAUGUAACCCGCCAUAUUGAUACCGAUAUCGUAAAGACGGACUGGGAUGCCAUUGUGUUGCAUUAUCUGGGAUUGGACCACGUCGGUCAUCUGGGCGGACCAAAAAGUCCAUUGAUGUUGCCCAAGCAAAAGGAGAUGGAUCAUGCCGUCGAACGCAUCUACGACAUUAUUGCCAACCAGGACGCAGACAGACUAGCCAAUGACAUGAAUGCCAAAGGGACCCUCAUUGUGUUAUGCGGCGAUCACGGCAUGAAUGAUGACGGAAAUCAUGGCGGUUCAUCUGUCGGCGAAACAUCCUCGGCUCUUGUUUUCAUGAGUCCCCGCUUUGAAUCGCGUCCAACGCUAAAGCGAAAUACGAGACAAACACGAGAUCGUGAUACCGUGCUGGGCCAUCCUGUCAUUGAUCAAGUGGAUGUCGUGCCGACCUUGGCCUCUUUAUUUGGAUUCCCGAUACCCAAGAACAAUCUCGGCAAACUGAUUGUCGAUCUCUACAGGGGCGAUAAAUUGGAAGCCAUUCAUCGUGCAUUGCAAUUGAACGCGCAUCAGCUGGCUCGUUUAUUGAGCAAAGUAUUCCCGGAUCUCCUUUUGUACUUGGAUGAUCCGCAGCAGCCUCUGUCAAAGGACGCAUCGACCGCCGUCACAUUAUACACCCAGGCGUUUCAGCUUCAUCAUCAACUUAGCCAAGGUCUCAAUAAAAUACCCCACGACAGAGUGACCGACGCUUAUCUGGAUUUUAUCGAAUAUGCUCAGUCGCAUCUGGUUAAUACCGCGAGCGACUAUAGCUUGCCACAUAUGGGAGUCGGCGUAGUAGGGAUGACCUUGUCAGCCAUCCUUUUCGUAUGGCAAGCGACGUCACAAAGUCGAAAAGAAAACAAGGGUGCCGAUAUCGCUAGUGGCAACUGGCCUUUGAGCCGGCGGUUUGCUAUCUUGGCCUUUGGAGCUUACGCAGUGAGCAUGUUUGCCAGUAGCUUUGUGGAAGAAGAGCAUUUCACGUGGUAUUAUUUCUCUCAGACCAUGUUCUUGCUACUGGCUCUGCAAAGCUUCGAGGUACCAAAUAAAACUUUUGGUGGGCAAAUCCGACUGUCUAGCUUAUGUUUGGUACAAUUGCUUUUUUUCCGACUAUCCACGGGCUUCUCUGGCUAUUUCGCGCCUUUUGUGCAUGCAGCUGAUGGUCUUCAAUGGCAUCUGCUGGCGGUCUCUCUGUGCGUCCCAUUGGUGUACGCCGUCUAUGAACUGUUUAUCAAGCGAAUCGGUUCGUCCGAUGUUCACCAAAGCGUAUCAAUUAUCCGGUUCAUGUGGAAUAUGGUCUAUUUACUGACAGCUUCACUGACUACGGUGCUCGUGAUGGCGUAUAAACUACGAGCAGAAGGCGGUACUUUGCAGUCCAGUAUUUAUGAUCAUGUGCUGCAAAUUGAGUUUCUUCAAGGACUGAGUCAGGUAGAACUCGGACAGUUGAUCUUCAAUUAUGGUGGAGCCAUGUUUUGCGUGUUAUCUAUCUUGAUGUAUGUCAAUAAUCGCGCGAGCUUCAGCACGGUGACGGUUCACCAAGAUCAAUACCACGAGAGUUAUCUGCAACUUUUAUUGCACCUAAUAACACCAUUAUUGAUCUUGUUGUCCAAACCCCAGUACGCGUCGUUAUUUGUACUUUUUGAUAUUCAGUUGCAGCUGUUACUUGGAUGGCAACGCUCGUUACCAUCCAACGCCGCUUUGCCUCCAUGGAUUCUCGCCACGGUUGUGUUGUUCCUCGGUCAAAGCGGUUUCUUCAUCACAGGCCAUUCCAACUCGAUCGCGUCGGUGGAUCUAAGCAACGCUUACAUUGGUGUGCAGGCCUACGAUGUCUUUUUCAUCGGCGUCAUGACCUUUUGCAGUAACUGGGCCGCGAGUUUGUGGUGGGUCUUUGCUGGUUGGGUUCUUUUGACAGACCGUGGUUGGACCGCGGAACGCUGGCACAGCUAUCUGUGGGCUCAGUCUGCCAUUUUCUCCGUAUUUAUCGCGGUUUUAUCGAUCUCCAUCACGAUUCUCCGAGAACAUCUUUUCAUUUGGACCGUGUUCUCGCCAAAAUAUCUCUAUCAAAUAGCGUGGAGUGUCCUCUUUCACUGGGUGGCGCAGGUUCUCUGUGGGUCCUGCAUCGUACGGGUAUGGCUGGGCUGGCUUCAGCCUGCUAUUGUCAUUGAGGAACAUGUGGUCACAGAAGAAGUGGAAGAAAUAGACCUAGAUCCUGCAGAAUUGACAGAGAGCGAUACAGAAGUCAUUGACAGCAUCCAGUCCGAAGCAGAAAUUGGAGAAUCAUUAUAAAAAUUACCACAUUACAAUAAAAUCCUGUACCGUAUGAUAAGA